GCCAGGUGUCCACAUUCGAACCUGUCGAUUUGGAGGAGGUUGCAUGGCAUCGGUGUACAGCUGCCACCGCACCUGCAUGAGAGGGUGCAACGCGUGUUGGAGAUGGAGAAGCAACGAGGGGGAAAAUCCUGUUCUGGGUGGAGGAGAAGGGGGCGAAGGCGGGAUCGCUGCGGAUCCAGGGGAGGCACCGGGUGGGGACACCAUGGAGGUUGACAUCGGCGAGGAUGAGGGGACGAGGGGUGUUGUGACAGGCGGCCUUGCUACUGCAGGGAGGGCCAUUUCCUCGCAGGUUGUGAUGCAGGGGGCGCGCAGACGUGGCCCGACGAGGCAGAUGAGCAUCAGGGGGUUUGCGAAGAACUCAAGGCAGGAGGACAUAGAUGACUCCUGCAGCGAGUUCUUCGUGGAGAACGCCAUACCGUUCAACGCUGCCAGAAGCAAGAGCUUCAGGAAGUUCAUGCUGACAUGUAUCGGACCACAGCCUGUGGGGAGUCAUCCACUCGUGCCUACUGGGUACAACCCCCUCAGAUGCCGCCUGCUCGAUCGUUUGAACACCAAGGCCAACAAAAUAGUAAACUUCUUCCGGGUUCACAGGUGGCCUCGGUCGGAGUUGAGAACACAACUGUUGAAAUACACUGACUUGAAAUGCACCUGCCUCCUUCGGCCUGCUCAGACAAGGUUUGGGACGAACUAUGUGAUGCUGCAGCAACUCGAGGUGUGCGACAGGGCCAUCGUGCGUAUCGUCACUGGACAUGGUUGGGAGACCAUGCUGUGGCGAGGGGAUAUUAGGGCGAAGGCCUACUUCGUGGAGGAGACAGUUAUUGACAAAGCAUUCUGGGCUGAUGUCAAGAAGCUGACUGCCGUCAUGAAGGGGCCUUAUAAUGUGUUGCGAGAGGUGGACAAAGAUGUCCACUGCUUGUCACGAAUCUAUGAUAUGGCGUGUCGGCUGCCUGGCUUCGUUCGCUCGGCCCCCCUCCCUGCGGACCAGCAAGAUGACCUUCUCAGGGAUGUCGGCAACAGGACGGACAUGCUGCUCAGCCCCAUCCAUGUCGUUGCACGUCUGCUGGAUCCUAUGUUGAGGGACAUUACCAUUUUCAGUAAUGUCGACCUCAUGGCACAGUUCGAGAGCGUUGUGGAGCGGCUGAUCGGGAAGCGUGGGAGCUCGAGAUUUGACGACUGCAUGGACCAGUUAUAUGAGUUCCAGUUUGGGAGAGGAGUCUUCGGCACCCCGCAGGCAAAGAAAUGGGCUGAGAAGGACAAUGCGGUGCUAUGGUGGGAGGCGCAUGGUGCAGGGCAUCCAGAGAUCCGAGAGCUGGCGCUGAAGGUUGAGCAGCAGCACGAGCGGUUUGUGCAGCAGCAGGAGCAGCAGCAGAAGCGGGUUGAGCAGCAGCAGGAGCGGGUUGUGCAGCAGCAGGAACACGUUGAGCAGCAGCAGGAGCGGGUUGUGCAGCACGAGCAGCAGCAGCAGNAGCGGGUUGAGCAGCAGCAGGAGCGGGUUGUGCAGCAGCAGGAACACGUUGAGCAGCAGCAGGAGCGGGUUGUGCAGCACGAGCAGCAGCAGCAGCAGGAGCGGGUUGAGCAGCAGCAGGAGCGGGUUGUGCAGCAGCAGGAACACGUUGAGCAGCAGCAGGAGCGGGUUGUGCAGCACGAGCAGCAGCAGGAGAAGCAGCAGGAGCAGCAGCAGGAGCAGCAAUAGGAGCAGCAGCAGGAACAGCAACGUGGGCAAGGGGAUGAGGAGGAGCAGCAGCAGCGAGGGGAUGAGGAGCAGCAGCAGCAUGAGACGGAUGGGGAGCAGCCGCAGCAUAGGGAGAAGGAGCAGCAGCAGCAGAGGGUAGAUCCCGCAGUCCAGCAGGAGACCGCAGUGCAGUCAUCCAGAGAUGUGCACGAGGAUGGUGAGGCAGAGGGCGAGCACGGUCGCAGCGCGGUGCGAGGAUUUUACGGUUCUUCUCAGCGGUCGCCUCUCGUUGGGCGGCAUGGAGCACAUCCCGGCCGUGUGUGGGAUCCCCUCGCUUAUCGUGCUCCGCGAGG